AGCGCAUUUCUAGGACUCGUGUCGUAGAGAGAGGAAGGCAAGUGAGUUCUCGUGGGGUUAUUUCUUUAAAAACGGGGAGAGAAAUGAGCAGGGACGAGAAAGAGUCUUUUCCGUUUCUUCUGCUGCUGCUGCUGCUGCUGCUGCUGCUGACAUUCCAAACGUGCUCGGCUGCAACCAACACGCAGAAAAGGCAGACUGUAUCACCAUCAUCAUCUUCAUCUUCAUCUUCAUCUUCAUCAUCCAACGGUCUAGGUUCAUCCGUCUUCCCCAUCAUUGGGAAUGUAUACCCAGCCGGGUUAUACUACGCUAGUGUCAGCAUUGGAAAUCCACCCAAGACGUACUUUCUUGAUGUCGACACAGGCAGCGACCUUACAUGGGUCCAAUGUGAUGCCCCCUGUGUCAGCUGCUCCACGGGUCCCCACCCACCUUACAAGCCUGUGAAGAACAAGUUCGUCUUCUGUGAGGAAGCCCUUUGUGCCUCCGUCCCCUCCACCAUCCCUAACAAAUGCGAGAAUCCUCAUGAUAAAUGUUACUACAAGGUCGUGUAUGCUGACCAUGGCUCCUCUGCUGGUUUCCUUACACAGGACACUUUCAAACUCCGCAUGUCCUACGGCUCUCUCGCUCAAACUCUAGCUUUUGGAUGUGGGUACAACCAAAGAGGUUCCAGUUCAACUUCCACUUUGAUUGAUGGAGUUCUUGGCCUUGGAAAUGGCAAAUCUAGCAUUGUAUCUCAGCUGCGAGCUCUCAGGCUUGUAAGAAAUGUGAUUGGCCACUGUUUCAGCAGAAAAGGUGAUGGAUAUCUAUUCAUUGGAGACAGCAUUGUGCCUUCUUCAGGGGUUACUUGGACACCAAUGUCUCGCAAUCUAUUUCAUACACACUACACUCCAGGUCCCACUAAUAUCUUCUUUGGAGAGCAGCCUAUGGGUGUUUAUAUUCUGGUAGUUUUUGACAGUGGGAGCACCUACACUUACUUCGCUUCGCAGCCUUACCAAGCGUUUGUUUACGCAUUGAAGAAAAGUUUAUCUGAAAAACCAUUGGAAGAGGUCAAAGACAGGGAACUUCCAUUGUGUUGGAAAGGUGCUACGAGGUUCAAAUCCAUACGCGAAGUCAAGAAAUACUUCAAGCCCUUGAUACUGGUAUUUGCAAAUGGCAAGAAAGCUGUGCUUGAAAUACCUCCUGAAGGUUAUCUGAUCAUCUCAAAGCAUGGCAAUGUUUGCUUGGGGAUUCUGAAUGGCACUGAAAUUGGACUGCAAGAUCUCAACCUCAUUGGAGACAUCUCACUACAAGAUCUCAUGGUAAUCUAUGACAACGAGAAGAAGCAGAUUGGAUGGGUUUGUGCAAAUUGCGACAGGCUCCCCAAGUCUGGAACCGCUCUCUUCUGAUGUCCUUCCUUUUUACGUGGACAUGCACAGAGGAGAUUCUUAGCCGCUCUCCUAUGUUUAGUUGACAGCGCCGACGAUGGGGGUGAUGAUGGCUUCAGCGAUGAUUUUUCUCAGCCUUAUGUUGCAAGCAUGGGAAUCUUGACAGAUGAGCAUCCUGCAACUUAUCCUCCCAAACAAACCAAUAUAGAUAGAAUAAAACAAUAAAGACAGGAGCUCCAUUCCUCUUUCUUAUUUUGUAAAUAUACACAAGCAUACACUCACAAAUCAUAAAGAGGGGAAACGAGAGCUGCUUUUUCAAAUGCAUAACCAAUGUAGAUUUAAGAUUUUGUUAUGAAAAGAAAUAAAUAUCAGGUAUGUUUCUAGCUA